AUGAAGACCGAAGGCAGGGAUGAGGUCCGCUGCGGGCACGGCACAGUUCACAGGGAUGCAUGUACUGUCCGGAACACAGUACGGCUCCCUGCCACGAAUCAGGAAGGCGGUGACGUGUUUUCUUUCGAGAAGCCACCUGUAGAGCUCCAGCAUGUCCUGAGCUCCAUACCUAGACCGUGGGACCCUGCAUUCGACCGAGGUGUGCUCCUCGACAACUCACUCGGACCCUUCUUUUUGUUUUGCAACGACUCGAACCAUCCUGCUGUGCCUUCAGACCCUGGUUCGACGCCAGUACUCUGCUCUAUAAUUCCCCAGCAUGGUUGGUCACUGCCCGAGCGCUGCUCCAAGUUGCGCCCUGCUGACAAGCUGCAGAACGUCCAAUACAACUCGGCCCUGCGCCAGAGCAAGGCCAUCCGCAACGACCUCGAGAAACUGUCGUCUUCCGCUGCGCAGCCGACCGCUCUGACUCCCGCCGAGAUCGGCAACGUGUCCGCAUCCCUCGCAUCCUUCUCCAAGACCGUCGACGAAUACAACAACCUGGCCCGUCAGGAGCUCGUACAGAAGAAGCAAGAAGAGGCCUUUGAGCGCGUCAAGCGGUUCCGCGACGACCUGUCCGAUUUCAAGUCACAGAUCGACUCCCUCAAGAAGGCGCGCGAAGAUGCCAUCCACAGCAACAACCGAGGCGAGCUGCUGGGCCGCCGCGCCUACGUUACUGCGACGCCCGAGAACCCCUACGCCAACGUCAACAAGUCGGCGUCGUCGACGUUCCAGAGCCGGGGGGCCUCCACGGGCCAGGCUGGGGGUGGCCUGAGCAUGGGCGGCAACGACGUCACGAGGGAACAGCACGCUCUGCGCGAGCAGAACUUCUUCGCCAACACGAACUCGGCGCUCGACGAGUACAUUGCGAGAGGGCAGGCGGUCCUGGGCGACCUGGGCACACAGCGCGAGAUGCUCAAGAACACCCAGAAGAGGCUGUACUCGGUCGGCAACACGCUGGGAAUCUCGGGCGACACCAUCCGCAUGAUUGAGCGCCGCGCCAAGGAGGACAAGUGGAUCUUUUGGGCCGGUGUCAUCAUCUUCUUCCUCUUUUGCUGGGCGUGCAUACACUUCCUGCGUCGGGUUUUGGUUCUAUUCGAUGCCCGCAAGGGCAAUGGUGAAAAGCACCGUGUUCGUCGUCUCGAUCUCGACCACCUUUGUCUCGGGCAGCACGUGGUUGCUGGUGCUGAUGUGGCCCCCAAACUUGGUCUCCCAGUUCUCGACGUCCCAUUCGAGGCCUUUGGUGGUGAUGUGGCUGGUGCCUCCGAUGGGGAUGAUGCCGACGUGCUUCCCAAAAACGUCGUCGCCGCCCUCGCGGACCCAGAUGCUGUGGCGGCCGGGCUUGAGGAGGAACGUUAA